AUGAAGAAGCCGAAUUUGCAAAAUUCGCUUAUGCAAUAUGAGCACCAUGCUGAAUCUAGCUAUCGUGGUUCUGUCAGGAGGCGUUCAUUUGUGCAGCAUGAUAGAGAAGAGUGUCAUAAUCGAAUGAUGAAAGACUAUUUUAUCGAACAGAGUACUGCUAUUGAGAACCUCAAGUGCUUCAGUAAGGCAAUUGAAGUCAUAUAUGGAGCCAUAUACCUCCAGAAGCCAAAUCGUGAGGACUUGAAUAAGCUUAUACUCAAGGCAAACAAAAGAGGCUUCCCUGACAUGAUAAGAAGUCUCGAUUGUAUGCAUUGGGAGUGGAAAAAUUGUCCUAUUACUUGGGCUGGCCAAUUCAAGGGCCGUCAUAACAAGCUAACCAUCGUGCUCGAGGCUGUGGCGUCUAACGACAUUUGGAUUUGGCUUGCAUUCUUCAGCACUCUUGGAUCAAACAACAAUAUAAACGUUCUUUGGUAUUUUCCUCUGUUCGAUGAUGUUGUCAAUGGAUGGGCACCAGAAUGGAGGUACAAGUGCAAAGAAGAAACUAUUUUCUCAGAAACAAGAGUCUUACAGGAAAGAUGUGGAGAGAACGUUUGGGAUCCUACAAGCUUGAUGGGCCAUUAUAGAGGGGUUGCACAAUUGUGGAAUGUGGAAGACCUCUAUUCAAUCAUGAUGACUUGCAUAAUUUUGCACAACGUGAUUGUGGAAGAUGAGUACGUAAAAAUUGAAGAAGACUGUGACGAAGAUGUGGAUGGCGACCAACCAACAUAUGCGAGAGCUAUGGCAAGAGAUGUAGAAUAUCUUGCUGCAACCACAUACGAGACCCGAUAG